AAAAACCGUUUGUAUUGGGUGGAUGCUAGAUUUGACAAGCUGGAAUACUUACACCUGAGUACGAACAUCAGAGUGACCUUAAUAUCUUCUUCAGCAACCCUGCCUCAUCCUUUCGGGUUAACACUUCUUGGAGAUUACUUGUACUGGACUGACUGGAGAAAUUACGCUGUUUAUAGAGCCAACAAAAACAGUGCAGAUGUCAGUGUAUUUGUCACAGGCAUUGGGAAGCCUAUGGACAUACAUGGAUAUAAUCUCAGUGAAGAAACCACACCAGGUAAAGAGAAGGCGUUUUCUAAAAAAAAAAGAAACGUUUAUGUUGUUGAUACUUCCUUGAAGCGGAAUUUUCAGUGUAAAAAAAAUUGCAGCGAUAAUAACUCAAACGUUAGCAAAUGUUUAGAAAAUGUGUAUGACCACAGUUUAUUAAGAAUAAAAAGACGGAAACGAGAAAAAUUACAUUAGAAGCAGAUAGGUGAUCCUUUUGAUUUGCUACCACAAUCAAAGCCUUUGAUUUGCUAAACAUCCUGCGGAGAACUCAGACAUUUUUUCUGUUUUAUUAUGUCGACUUCUUUUUGGCGAAUAAAUCAACUAAAACUAAUAAAACAUCAUUGCGAUAAUUUGACAAAAAUAUAUUCAUAUCGCAUUAAAAGAAAAAGCCUUAAAAUAUAUUUUAGACGUCAUAACCCUUUAUUCGUUCCAAAGGUAAUUCAGCACCAGCGCAGCUUACGAGUGCCAUUCCUUGGACUCUAAUUAUAAAUACUGAAUUUGAUUUCACAUUCAUCUUCACGUUUAGACAUUUACUUUCUACGACUUACUUGCAAAUUAUUGGCUCAUUGCUUGCUUUCACUAUUGACGGCAUGUUUUAAGAAAUGGUUCAAUUGUUCUUGCUUUUAUUUAUGUGUCUUGCUCUAACCAUUUACAGUCACAGACCAGUGCAACUACAAUAAUGGCGGAUGUAGUCAACUUUGUUUGCUUACACCAUCUGGAAGAGCGUGCACUUGUUUAGAAGGCCUCAUUCUAGAUGAUGACGGAAGAACUUGUAAAGGUAUGAUGAAUUACGACCAGGGAGGCAUGACCUUUCCUGUGUGGAAUUUUAAGAACAAGACAACUUCCACCAGCUUCCCACUCUUCUAGGAAACAGACCCAUCCGUCGAUCAGUGGAGACUUAGAAUCACAAAAAAAUUGAUUCCAAACCCGACCACGCACUAAUUCUUUCAUCCUUUUUAAUGGUAGAUGAUAUAACGUCACUCAAACCAAAACAAGAUAAAGAGACUGCUGAUAAAGAGAUGCCUCAUGUGUCCCACGUACAAUAGCAUUAAAUAUGUCAUCGUUCAGCGAUCUGGUUAAUUAUGACAUUUCUUGAUGAGUAUUAUUGAUAGAAGCCACAAUUGAUUAAGUACCUUCAACACAGCAAAAUCGAGGUGUUAUGGUAACACCAAAAAAGUGUAAAUUUUUGCAGCUGUGUGAAGACCAAAUAGGUGUUCAGUUAACACUACUGUCGUGUAUAUUUACACCAAAAUGGUGUAAAUAUGACCUACAUACGAUCCUGAAUGCGUUUAAAAACACCUUUGCAGUGUGACAGCAACACUGACCUAGUGUAUAUUUUCUCUAUAUUGGUGUUUAGUAACACCAAAAUUGAGUUAACGUAAACCAAUUUGGUGUUAAAAUACACCAAAAAUAUGUCUCCUUUACACUGUUCUGGUGUUUUUGUUACACUGAAAAAGGGUAAUGAUGACACUGAAUAUGUGUAAAACCCAUUGCAGCUGUGUGCACACCAAAGUCAGGUAAAUUUACACUACUGAGAAUUUUACACUGUAUUAGUGUAGAUCAACACUUCCAAUUGUGUUAUGACACACCGUCUGAGUGCUGAGCCAACACUAUUUGUAACUCAUAAAGAAGUCUUAAAAGUAGACAAAGUAACAGCUACGACAACAACCUGUAAGUUUACUCCCAUUUAAUUGCUUUACCUAGUAAUAAAAACUUUGUUCUCUUCAGAAUUCAGUAAAACAGCAUGAAUUAAAACAAGUGUUAAGAGGCUGUCUCAGUAAAAACCGCCCACUCAAUUUCGUGUGAAAAAUAAUUUUGCCUGAAACUCCGGCGAGUGAAAGGCUUUAUCGAGACUAUAACUAAAAUAGGUUUGCUUUGAUUCACAAUAAUUUUCUGGCCGCGCUGGGGAGCGCCGAGUAUUUUGUCCCGCCAGGGCUAUUUUGCACGUCUUGAAAACUGAAAAUUUGGCGUUUUUUGCGGCGCUGUAAAAUGUUUGAUUUGCACCAUCUACCAAUGAAUUUUAUACCUAUUUAUAGGUAAACAUCUCUAGUUUUUCCUGAAAGUAAUAGUUAUCCGCUAAAUUUAGCUGGAAAGACGAAAUCAAGCAAAAUAUGACCCCAACUAAUUGCCUUGGAGCGAAUGGCCAAAAAUGACCCUGUUUUAAAAGCUAAUUUCUGACUUUUGGGACAUAGUUGAAAGCUCUAGACUAAAUAGACGCAAAGAUAGACCACCUGUUAUUAAUAAUAUACAAAACCCCAUGUACGUUUUCAGUAUUUUAAAAGUUAUGACCGUUUGUAACAACGCGUAUGCGAGCUAAUACGAUAUUUUCAGAUUUAGCAUAACAGAUCUAUCUCAAGCAGAUUUUGUCAAAAGUACGGCUUACCUGAUUCAUUACUGGCACUGACUCACAAAUUGAGACAUAUUCCAAUCCCUGAGAUGCCGGACUCCAUAAAAUUCCAGUAAGAUGUGCUUUAGAAACUGCUGGUAUGCGGCCAUUUUUGAAUCCCAAGCUAACAAUCCGAAGAUCAAAACAGGUGAAACUGUGUCACGUUUCGAGCUAAAUAGCUCGGUAAAACAACCGUUCAGAGGUGAAAGUUUGCUCGAGAAUCAGAAAAUUAACUGGAAAGGUCUCAUUUUGGAUCAGAAAAUUGAGAUUUCAGAGCUACAACCUCGAAUAAACCUUCUAUUCAACCGGCUCUGCAAGGUCAAAUGCAGGUUGACACGUAAACCGGAAAUGUUGAAACGCGGAAAUACGGAAAACCGGAAAACCGGAAAUACAGAAAUCCGGAUCAUCCGGAAAUCGGCAAAUCUGAAAUCAAUCAGGAGUCGAAGGCAAUCCCAAAAAUUAGAGACAGCUGCAUUCGUUUAGGGCUUCUUUUCGACGUUGAGACACGUAAAAGGUAAAUCCUUCCAAAAGGCGUAGCUGUUUGAUUUUCACUGAAACGCAGUUCCACGAUCGAUUGCGUUUGGCAAAUAGGCUCCAUAAGAAACAGUAAAUAUCAUUAACCGGUUAUAUACAAACAUUCUAUGUGCGCUAACAUAUCACACUUGUGACUAAUACUUUACAGAAGUUGGCUAUAUAUCGAAAAUGAAUGUGUCGAGAUCUAGGAAACCGAGCCAGCUCGGUUGUCUGGGCUUAUUAGUAUAGAGGCUCUUGAAAAUCGUUUGUUAAGAGCGGAUAAUAGUCCCGGCCGGUGAGUAAGUUUUUAAGAAACCGAUCAUUACUUAGAGGGGGUUAGGGAAGGCUUGAGUGAAUGGGAGAAAGCCUUCUUCACGGUGUACUGAUCCUCUUUCUGAAUCUUCUCCCGUCCCUUUGACUAUUUUUACAACAGGAACUAGAUUUUCCUCCUCCGUCUCCUCCAAAACUUUACCUAAUUCAUUACUGGCACUGACUAAAAAAUUGACCAUUACUUCAUUCAAACUGCUUUUGAAACUGCUGGUAUGCGGCCAUAUUUGAAUCCCAUGCUGAAACUACCAUAAAAUUCCGAAAAUAAGCCCCUCCAUGUACAAGCCCCCCUAACUCGUAACACAAAAAACCCUCCGUGAAAUCGCCCCAUUCGAAAAUAAGCCCCCCGGGGGCUUAUACUUGGAAAAUUGCCCUCAAAUACAAAGUAAAGCAAAGCAAAAACUGUUAAUUUCCUUCCAACUUUAUGCUAACCCAAUCGAUUUUGAAACGCAAAUUCCCCUCCGUACAUAAGCCCCUCCGAAGCCCGUCCAAAAAUAAACCCCUCAAAAAGGGCCUUUGAAAAAUAUAAGACCCGAGGCUUAUUUUCGGAGUUUUACGGUAUGUCACGUUUCGAGAUAAAUAGCUGGGUAAGAAAGAAAAUAACAGAAAUGUCCGGAGGUGAGACUUGUCCGAGAAUCAAAACAUCAGCUAAGCAGAUUUCGUUUUGGGUCAGAAAACCCAAAUUUAUCGACAAAUGUAGGAUUAUUUUUUCGACCAUUUAAUGGUGUUUUGUAGCUAAUCCUAAAACAAAGUUGCAUCGGAUUUUUGGUCUACAAAAAGGGUCGCCCUUAGGACUUGCCACUAGUUUCACCAUCCGGUGUAAAUGUUGGUGUUCAGGUCUAAACACGCAUACAGAAUUAAUUAAUUCCUUUCUUAAAGCUACUCUAGAUUAAAUCAUGGGAGUUUCUUGCAACCAUACCAAAUGACUUUCCUCUGCUCUCCUCGCGUUAUCCGCUGUCCAAGUUAUCCGUGAAUCAAAAGAUGACUCAGUUAAGAUGGAGUUCUUGGUUCAAUAAUUUUUUGAGAAUUUCUGGAUGAUUCUUCGAAUCGUUUUAAUGUAUAAAAAUUAGGGAGGAUGUGAAAAAUGUUGGAAAAUAUUGGAUUUGGGGGUUGUUAGAAAUUAAAAUAUGAAGUGAAUAAUCAGAAGAAAAAUUAAUACCAGAGACUCCAACAAGGAGUGCCUCUGAUCCCAUUAGCGGAAUAACUGCUUUAUGUGCAUACCUUUUCUACUCUUAUUUAUUUCUUUCCCAAAUCACCAUCAUUUCCCCCGAAAAAACAACCAGAAUGCCCCAUUAACAAGCGAUUUUGAAGGACCCUCUAUACUAAUGAAGCCAGACAACCGAGCUGGCUUGGUUUCCUAGACCUCGACACACUCAGUCUCGAUAUAUAUCAAACUUCUGUAAAGUAUUAGUCACAAGUGUGAUAUGCUAGUGCACAUAGAAUGUUUGUAGCCUAUUUGCCAAACGCAAUCGAUCGUGGAACUGCGUUUCAGUGAAAAUCAAACAGCUACGCCUUUUGGAAGGAUUUACCUUUUACGUGUCUCAACGUCGAAAAGAAGCCCUAAACGAAUGCAGCUGUCUCUAAUUUUUGGGAUUGCCUUCGACUCCUGAUUGAUUUCAGAUUUGCCGAUUUCCGGAUGAUCCGGAUUUCUGUAUUUCCGGUUUUCCGGUUUUCCGUAUUUCCGCGUUUCAACAUUUCCGGUUUACGUGUCAACCUGCAUUUGACCUUGCAGAGCCGGUUGAAUAGAAGGUUUAUUCGAGGUUGUAGCUCUGAAAUCUCAAUUUUCUGAUCCAAAAUGAGACCUUUCCAGUUAAUUUUCUGAUUCUCGAGCAAACUUUCACCUCUGAACGGUUGUUUUACCGAGCUAUUUAGCUCGAAACGUGACACAGUUUCACCUGUUUUGAUCUUCGGAUUGUUAGCUUGGGAUUCAAAAAUGGCCGCAUACCAGCAGUUUCUAAAGCACAUCUCACUGGAAUUUUAUGGAGUCCGGCAUCUCAGGGAUUGGAAUAUGUCUCAAUUUGUGAGUCAGUGCCAGUAAUGAAUCAGGUAAGCCGUACUUUUGAACAAAAUCUGCUUGAGAUAGAUCUGUUAUGCUAAAUCUGAAAAUAUCGUAUUAGCUCGCAUACGCGUUGUUACAAACGGUCAUAACUUUUAAAAUACUGAAAACGUACAUGGGGUUUUGUAUAUUAUUAAUAAUAGGUGGUCUAUCUUUGCGUCUAUUUAGUCUAGAGCUUUCAACUAUGUCCCAAAAGUCAGAAAUUAGCUUUUAAAACAGGGUCAUUUUUGGCCAUUCGCUCCAAGGCAAUUAGUUGGGGUCAUAUUUUGCUUGAUUUCGUCUUUCCAGCUAAAUUUAGCGGAUAACUAUUACUUUCAGGAAAAACUAGAGAUGUUUACCUAUAAAUAGGUAUAAAAUUCAUUGGUAGAUGGUGCAAAUCAAACAUUUUACAGCGCCGCAAAAAAUGCCAAAUUUUCAGUUUUCAAGACGUGCAAAUGGCCGUGGGGGGACAAAAUACUCGGCGCCCCCAAGCGCUUCCAGGAAAUUAUUGUGAACCAAAGCAAACCUAUUUUCGUUAUAGUCUCGAUAAAGCCUUUCACUCGCCAGAGUUUCAGGCAAAAUUAUUUUUCACGCGAAAUUGAGUGGGCGGUUUUUACUGAGACAGCCUCUUAAAAACUAAGAGGGCUGUACACCGUAGGUCUUUCUUUUCUAAGACUUUUUAGGGAGGUUAAUACGACAAUGACGGCGACGAAAAUGUUACGAAAAAAGCAAUAGAUUUAUAUUAGCAAAACAACAUCUUUGCACGUGCAUCACACAUUUUUGCUUAUUUUCUUGCCGUUGUUGCACGACUACGACAUUUAACUACCUAAUUUCACCAGUUUUGCGGAGGAUGAGAGCACACUGCAUGAGAGAACGAUUUUCUCAUGCAACCUUUUUUUAAAAAUUCAAAUAUUAAUAUAGUCCUAUACCGAACUACAGAAGCCGGAGAGAUGAAAUUUGAAGCAACGUGGAUCUACUUUUUAAGAGACGUUUUUGUCACCGUCGUUGUCGUCGUUAGGCUUAGCUAUUGAUGUGAAAGGCAGAUUACACAACAAGUCGUGCAGAUUUAAUUUUAGUUUGCUUUAAUUACGAGCUUAGAACUGAUUCAGUUCAUUCAUGAGCUGUAAUAUCUUAGUUGGUAUAGUUUAACAUUGUCCAUUCAAAACUUCUCUCUGGGACAAAUGAAUACGAGUGUCUGCACUCUUCCGGAUAUUCUAUAUUACGCACAACAUAUAUUAGAGUGAGCAAGGCGCUGGUAUGUCCUCCAUUAACCUUUAGAGGGAGAUUCCUUUCCCCACUCAGGUAUAUAUCAUCUGGGGCUUGCAGUUGCCCCUCAAAGAUGAUGAAGUGCGUCAUUCCCUCCUUGCUGUUCUCGGCAACUUUAUUUGCAUCAACACCAUUCUAUAAAGAGGAAAAAGAGGCAAAAGAACACUUUCAAUAAAUGUGUUUUCUCAACUGCAGCAUAAUAAAAGUCAAUAAAUAUUGAAAUGGAAAGUUUCGUAUGUUCAUCCAAUUCUUCAGAUGGCCCGAACCUAUUUAUAUGCACGUUGGGUAUGUUUUUGAAUCGCGUUUUUCAUUUUUGGCAUCCUUAAUAAAGAAUAGUGCAAAUUUAAGAAAAUGUUGUCUAUUUUUGUGUAGGUUUAACACUGUUUGAGAUAUCAGCUUAUGUUUAAAACCGAAUUUUUACAAAAACUGUCCAAAACAUCAUAGAAAUCGGUUGAAUUGUUCCUGCCGAAAAACGAAUUAGGAUUGUAGUACAAGCAUGAAAGGUUUAGCCUGAUUAAAUGAGGAAAUAAUGUUUGCCUCAUGCUCAACUUAAUUCUGUUUAAAGGGACUCCUUGAUGAAUUGUUUCACUGCAACAGGCAUUUCUCGAUAAAAGGCAAGUUACUUUUCCAAACUUUCCUUCCCAAAGGGUUAUUAAGUUUUUGGAAUCACUGUCCAUAUUCACAUGUACUUUCUGUUCCCGUGGAAUCUCUAGGAAUGAGUUUGUUACUGCCACAGCACUAUCUGAAGAAUUGAUUGACUUUGUUUUAUUUUUCAUCUGCAAAUGAAGCAAUCUUUCUUUUUAACGUUCUGUUUGACGCCACAGUUGGUGAAACUUCUCUUGAUUUUUUUUUUUGACAUAAGACAGUUUUUCUUCGGUUGUCUGUCUUUUCUUUUUUUCUUGAACUAGCUCUUCAUGAGCGUUUUUCUUUAUUUGUUUUAUUUGUUUUUAUUCUUCGUUUAUUUUGAGCUCGUCUCUGACGCCUUUUUGCCCCAUCAGAUCUUUUCCAACUAAAAAAAAAAAUGCCGCAAAUAAUAAAAAUUUGUUCAAAGGGGGUGGAAGCAUUACUGUGAGUGUAUUUCCUUUUUCUUAGUCUUUCUUCCGUCCUUUCUUUCUUUUUUGUUUUUCUAUCCUUCUUAAGUUUUUCUGAUAAUUUUAGAUAACUAUAAUUAUUACCAGCUAUCAGUUCAUCAUGUUCCAAGUAAUGAGCGGGCUGGCCUCUCAACUUUGGAGCUAGUUAAAAGCGGAAAAUCCAACUUUACAUAGCUAUGGAAACCCACAACAUGAUGAAUUGAAAGAUAAAGAUAAGUUGUUUGGGAAUAUAUAUAAUUGAGAACCUUACAGACAUAUUUUAAUAAUACUUUUUGCAGCCUCGAUUAUUGUAUCACUGAACAGAACUUUACAGUUUUUGGUCUCAGGCACUUUUAUCGAAAAAGGCAGUAUUGAAGUAUCAUUGGUAAAAUGAAUAGGAUGGCUGAAAAUAAUAUUUUUCAUUACAGGUAUCUCUUGUGAAUGAUUGAAAAUGUUUAUACGUUCUUUUACAUUGUAUAUGGACAGCACACAUUGGCAAAUUGUGUAGGUGUAACAUGAAAUAGGUAAUGAUGUGUUUAGAAUUUGCUUACUAAUCCAAAACCUCGUUCCCAGGAUUCUCUCCUAACCGCUCCGUAUAGGUUGACUAAUGCAUUGUAACUGAGUCUUCUUUCUUCCACUGAACCUAAUUUCCCACCCACCCUACCUAAGAAAUAUGUCAGUAUUAACUUGUCUAUGUUGCAAGCUUAUCAUUGCUAGUAAAUUCCCUAUAUAUAAUAUUGUCUCUUUUGUUAUUAUAGUUUGGAUUUUCCAUAAUUGACCGGAUUGCAGGAAAAAAAGCUUACAAUAUAGAACCACAUGGACAAAAUUUGCAAAUCCCUCCCCUUCUACUCCCCUACCCGUUUUCAUAUAGAAUGAAAUGAUGUUUGUGACAGUCACUGGCCCUUUGGAAGUGUAAAUAGGUUCUCACCUCUUUUUAUCAACUGUUAGGGCGCUAGAUGCCUCGCCAACUGUUUCAGCAUUAACGGCUUCUUGUACAGGUCGCGCUUGGGUAGACACUUCGUGAAUUAUCCGAACUUCAGUGCUUUUAUCAAGUCAAGUUUUCGUACCUUGUGAAGAAGAUUAGCGAGAACGCCAGCAGGGGGCACGAGGGUCUUCAGGGUCUCCCAUGCACAACCGAACCUGUUCAGCUUUGGAAGUUAAAAAGUAAAGAGUUAAGAAAGGAAAAUUAAAGUUUUUAAAGCUAAACUUUCAGGCCUUAAUUAAUAUAAUGCGAAGUAAAAACGUCAACGUGUUCCGUUAUUUCGCGCCAAAAGUGCAUUUUCAGUUGGGAACUUUUGUUAGAUGGGGAAUCAAAAGAAAGAUGUAUCAGAACACCGUUUUACGAAUUGUAGGUUCGUGUCACAGUAUAUGACGGUUUUUUUCUUUUAAAAGCAGAACAUAUUAUUUAGUUAGGACAGGCCAUUACCUUACCAUAAAAAUUAUCGGCAAAUGCCUGAAUACCCCUCCUUCUUCAUCCACUCUUGAACAUCUUCGCAAAUAAAGAUAAGUGAAGCCAGGUUUUACCCUUAAAACAGGCAGACUAAAUAAUUUAACUCUUCCGUGCAGAAUCUACAGACGGUGAAAUGGACAGCUACUGCUUCGCUGUGCGUGAAUAUAUGAACAGCACGUAACGUUGAACAAGAUACGAAACCUUUCCGCUAUUCUCUGAUUGGACAAAACAUUACUUGAUAAGUACCGUCUUGAAAGGAAUGUUGACAAUGCGACCAAAGGGAUUAAUGAAACCGUGAGAACGUUUUAGGACUGAGUUGUGAUUGGUCGUAUCCGCACACAAAACAUUCCGAUGUUGUUUCGCUUGCCGACGUUGAUAGACGCGUUUCAAUAAAACUUACAAGAUCACUUUCGUGAGCCUCACGCAGCAUACAAAUAUAAAAAUGACUGGUGUUAAGCAAAUGCGAUGUUUUCGUGAUGUUUCGAAGGUUAACUUGCUUAUAAGACAAAUGCCGUCUUUUUAGAACAUUUUAAUUUUGCACAAUUAUCUUUGUUUUCACCUUUCAGGCGUAUAAACACUGAAAGCACGUGCUUUCAAUUAGUCACGGAAAGCACGUGGGGCCUGGUAGUAGAUGCUCGUGUCACGGUGUGUGUGUGUGUGUAUGUUUUUUUUUUUUUUUUUUUUUAGGGUUCUCUGCCCAUAAUAAAGUACGUGAGGAUAAUUUUCAUUAUUAGAUCAGUCAAUUUUUGAAGAAAAGGAAAUUACAUCAUCCUUAAUAAAGGAUUCACAUAACUUUUAGCACCAAGAAGUAUAACUACUUUCAUUGCUGAGCACUGCCACACAUCUCAUAUUUUUUGAAAAGCCGCAUAGACCUAUUCGGUCUAUUCACGUGAGCAGGGUGGUUAGUUUAAACAUUUCUGACCUGGGAUAUGCAAUUGAUAAUUUCCGAUUAAACUCCGUGUUAGUGUUUUGAUACACGAUUUGGUGUAAAAUAACACACCAGUUGUGUUAAGUUCUUGCAAGAUUUCUGAAACACAGACGUAGUGUAACUUUACACCGCCAACGUGUGCCACAUUUCUUGAUUACACCAUUUUAGUGUUUUCAUACACUGAAUUGGUGUAUCUUUUAAGAAACACUCGGCAAGUGUUAUGAUAACACUAAUUCAGUGUCAAUGUAUAUCUCCCUUGGUGUUAAUUUACAACCUCGAAUUUGCUGUGUAUAAAAUCAAAUUCUAUUUAUAAAUUUAUUGAAAAGAGUCUUAUUUCCAGUCAAAUUUUUAUUUCCUCUCUGAAAAAAAAAACCAGAUCAAAUCUCUCCAAUAAAAAGAGUUUAUUAGACCCAACCUACAUAUUAAUCAAAACCGAGUUGAAAAGCAGACGUAAAACACUGACCUCCAUCUUUAUGAAAUCAAUUUCUUUUUCCCGAUCUCUUUUAUACAAAGCUUUUCCUGAGCCGAGUGAGUUUCUUCUUUUCGCUGAUGCUUCAUACGGAAAAAUUAUGAAAGUUUCUCUUCAUGCUCCUGGAUCACUCACCGCUUUACCCUUGUCAAGCAGUAUCAAACGCCCGGUGGCCAUUGGCUACGACGUUUUAGAGGAUAGAGUAUACUGGACGGAUGUGACAAGAAAGACCAUUUCUCGUUCUUUCAUGAAUGGCUCUAUGUUUGAGGUACUGUUUCGCCAAAACGUCCAGAUACCAGAUGGAUUGGCUGUGGACAUUGUAGGAAGGAAUCUCUACUGGACCGAUACAGGAAGUGACAAGCUGGAAGUAUCUAAACUAGACGGUUCCUAUCGUAGAGCUCUCAUAACAAGUGGCCUAGGCCAACCGAGGGAUAUUAUACUGGAUGUUAGUAAGGGGUCAGUGGUUUAAAUAGGUAUAAAAAGCAACAAAACUUACUAAUAAGUCGACUGAAAUAUAUAUAUAACUGCUCACAAUAAAGGCAACGAAAGAUGGGUAGCUGUCGCAUUUUAGUUAAGAAUGAUUGAUGAAUACUGGUUCAAAAGUUGUUCAAGGUGUUAUAUUUCUGGGCAUAAUGACAUUGAUUGUAAACGUUUGCAAUGAAGAGGGCUAAAAACUAAACAUGAUUUAACGGUACUCAGACGGGGGUGGCUUUUGAGCUCUCCUUUGCUAAAAAGUUGAAUAACUUCAAAGCUUUUUAGGCUAUGGCCAAUAAACUUGGCGACUUUGCCUAAAAGUAUCUGGGAACAUUUUAAAAAGUCGCCGUGCCGUGUAUGUCAACAUUGACAUAACUAUGGCAACCGAGUUUUGACAGCCAUUGUUUUGAAUUUGCUUUUUUCCUACAAAAAGGGUUACUUUCUAGUUAAUCAUUAAAUUAUAGCUUUUAAAUUAAUUUAGCAAUAUUAUGUCCAAUUGAAUAUGAAUGCUAGUGAAAUCCAGGCUUUUUAAUGACUGAAUUGGGAAAAGAAAGAUGAAUUUAAAAGGGCCAAAUGGCAGUUGCUGGAAAAUAUUUUUCGCUUCAUAAACAUUCUGAUAUAGAUCAAUUUUUUCAUACCGAUUACCUCGAUUUCUUCGGGAUUGAAGUAAAAUUGAAUACAUUUAUGUAAAUUCAAAAUGGAGGAUCCAUGAUGGCGGGCGAUUCCAGUUUCUUCUUCAAAGAUAAACGACGUCAUUAUGACAUCACCGCUGUGGUUAUAGGUCAUUAAUGCGUUAGCUAACUAAUUUUGUCGUACACCUUACUAUUUAAGUUUUUUUCGCUUUGAAGGGAAUAAUUGAUGGCAUUUGGAUUCUACCAAUAAAUUCAACAUAAAGACGUCAUAAUGACGUCAAAUUACAUUAUUCUGUCAAUCAUGUCAUUCCUAGAAGUUGAAAAUGAUAAAUACAUUAUUAUGUGCAAUUUUGGUGGCCGUAAUAUGAGCGGUUUUGAAGUCAUAGGGGGCCCUUCCAAACGCCGUCUGAAUAAUUCACCCGGGUUAAGUGUUUGUCACCGUAAAAGUGGACGCAACGUCGUCAGGUUGCAUUGCAAAAACCAAGAGUGUUUUAAAAAAAAAAAAAACGACAUCAAAUGACCGAGAAGGGUUGUAAGGUCUAGAAGAUAGGAGAAAAUCCUUACAGUGUUACUUAUUUUGCAUUUGAUAGAAUCAUGUAUUGGACUGAUUGGGGUUACCACCCAAAGAUUGAAAGGGCGGACAUGUCAGGAAAGCAGCGGGUUGCUCUCGUAAACUCACGUCUGUCGUGGCCAAACGGUCUAACGCUUGACACAGACAAAAACCGUUUGUAUUGGGUGGAUGCUAGAUUUGACAAGCUGGAAUACUUACACCUGAGUACGAACAUCAGGGUGACCUUCAUAUCUUCUUCAGCAACCCUGCCUCAUCCUUUCGGGUUAACACUUGUUGGAGAUUACUUGUACUGGACUGACUGGAGAAAUUACGCUGUUUAUAGAGCCAACAAAAACAAUGCAGAUGUCAGUGUAUUUGUCACAGGUAUUGGGAAGCCUAUGGACUUACAUGGAUAUAAUCUCAGUGAAGAAACCACGCCAGGUAAAGAGAAGGCGUUUUCUACAAUAAAAAAAGAAACGUUUAUGUUGUUGAUACUUCCUUGAAGCGGAAUUUUCAGUGUAAAAAAAAUUGCAGCGAUAAUAACUCAAACGUUAGCAAAUGUUUAGAAAAUGUGUAUGACCACAGUUUAUUAAGAAUAAAAAGACGGAAACGAGAAAAAUUACAUUAGAAGCAGACAGGUGAUCCUUUUGAUUUGCUACCACAAUCAAAGCCUUUGAUUUGCUAAACAUCCUGCAGAGAACUCAGACAUUUUUUCUGUUUUAUUAUGUCGACUUUUUUUUGGCGAAUAAAUAAACUAAAACUAAUAAAACAUCAUUGCGAUAAUUUGACAAAAAUAUAUUCAUAUCGCAUUAAAAAAAAAAGCCUUAAAAAUAUAUUUUAGACAUCAUAACCCUUUAUUCGUUGCAAAGGUAAUUCGGCACCAGCGCAGCUUACGAGUGCCAUUCCUUGGACUCUAAUUAUAAAUACUGAAUUUGAUUUCACAUUCAUCUUCACAUUUAGACAUUUACUUGCCACCACUUACUUGCAACUUAUUGGCUCAUUGCGUGUUUCACUAUUGACGGCAUGUUUUAAGUUAUGGUUCAAUUGUUCUUGCUUUUAUUUAUGUGUCUUGCUCUAUCCGUUUACAGUCACAGACCAGUGCAAAUACAAUAAUGGCGGAUGUAGUCAACUUUGUUUGCUUACACCAUCUGGAAGAGCGUGCACUUGUUCAGAAGGCCUCAUUCUAGAUGAUGACGGAAGAACUUGUAAAGGUAUGAUGAAUUACGACCAGGGAGGCAUAACCUUUCCUGUGUGGAAUUUCAAGAACAAAACAACUUCCACCAGCUUCCCAUUCUUCUAGGAAACAGACCCAUCCGUCGAUCAGUGGAGACUUAGAAUCACAAUAAAUUGAUUCCAAACCCGUCCACGCACUGAUUCUUUCGUCCUUUUAAUUGCUAGAUGAUAUAACGUCUCUCAAACCAAAACAAGAUCAAGAGACUGCUGAUAAAGAGAUGCCUCAUGUGUCCCACGUACAAUAGCAUUGAAUAUGUCAUCGUUCAGCGAUCUGGUUAAUUAUGACAUUUCUUGAUGAGUAUUAUUGAUAGAAGCCACAAUUGACUAAGUACCUUCAAUAUAAAAUCAAAUUCUAUUUAUAAAUUUAUUGAAAAGAGUCUUAUUUCCAGUCAAAUUUUUAUUUCUUCUCUGAAAAAAACCAAAUCAAAUCUCUCCAAUAAAAAGAGUUAAUUAGACCCAACCUACAUAUUAAUCAAAACCGAGUUGAAAAGCAGACGUAAAACACUGACCUCCAUCUUUAUGAAAUCAAUUUCUUUUUCCCGAUCUCUUUUAUACAAAGCUUUUCCUGAGCCGAGUGAGUUUCUUCUGUUCGCUGAUGCUUCAUACGGAAAAAUUAAGAAAGUUUCUCCUCAUGUUCCUGGAUCACUUACCGCUUUACCGUUGUCAAGCAGUAUCAAACGCCCGGUGGCCAUUGGCUACGACGUUUUAGAGGAUAGAGUAUACUGGACGGAUGUGACAAGGAAGACCAUUUCUCGUUCUUUCAUGAAUGGCUCUAUGUUUGAGGUACUGUUUCGCCAAAACGUCCAGAUACCAGAUGGAUUGGCUGUGGACAUUGUAGGAAGGAAUCUCUACUGGACUGAUACAGGAAGUGACAAGCUGGAAGUAUCCAAACUAGACGGUUCCUAUCGUAGAGCUCUCAUAACAAGUGGCCUAGGCGAACCGAGGGAUAUUAUACUGGAUGUUAGUAAGGGGUCAGUACUUUAA